AUGCUCGAAGAUGCGCCUGAAACUAUGUCGACGGCUCUAACUAAGCAUGAUGUCAGCCUCUUCGAAGUCUUCGCAGCAGAAACUGGAGUGUUCCGUCGCACGCUAUUCACCUACGUCGACGCCAGUGAGCAAGCGUGGGCCGGCGAAGUCCACAACACACGAAAGUACGAUCUGACGGCGCAAGACAUCCAAGCAAAUCUGCGAAGGAUUCCCGACCAAGACGUCUUCCCUAAGAUGAUUCAGGGAAUCACUUUGCUACCCCCAAAUCCCAACAUCACGGAGCUCUUUUUCAAGAGACCACAAAUACAUUGCUUGCUCGACGAAUUCGGCGGAAAAACCGUUCCGCGGAUGCUUUUGGAGGAGGCUCAAGUGAUGGAAUUUCUAGCUAGACACCCGCACCCGAAUAUUGUGCCAUACCAUGGCUGUGUAAUGAAACGAGGUUACAUUACUGGAAUUACGCUCACGCGGUAUGAGAAGAUCCUGGAUCACCGAUUUAACAACGAUGUGUCCGACCUUGAUCUUGACCGAUUUGAACGCCAAUUUCGGGAUGCUAUCGAUCACAUUCACUCGCUUGGUCUCGCUCACAACGAUCUCAACCCCUCAAACAUCGCACUCGACAGUCAAGACGAUCCAGUGAUUAUCGACUGGGGAUCGUGUAAGAAGUUCGGGGAAUUGCUUCUUUCAGCUGGAACCCCUGGAUGGAUAGAAGAGGACUUUGAUGUUUCCAGAAAAGAGCACGAUGUCUUUGCUCUGGAUAAGAUCAUGGCUUGGAUGCGGGCGGAGAAGGAGAAAUUGUCAUAUCGGCGGCGUUAA